UGAGAACUGGUAAACAUCUAUAGCGUUGCCGCCGCAGACUGAGGAACGAGAGAGCGAAGACCAAGUCUUGGUGUCGCCCUAGCUUCCCCGAUCCCCAUCCCACGGGAUCCGCGACGCGUUCAAGGAGGGGGACGAGGACGAGGACCGGUCCCUCGAUCGGAGGAAGAGGAGGCGAACUUGGAAUCCCUAGCUUUGGCGAUCGCGCGAUCCGUUUCUAUCUGCGGCUCCGACUAUCGACUUCCUCGCCUGGCGCGGCGCCGGUCGCAGGAGAUCAUGAGCGGACGCCCCGAGCCGGUCUCGGAUCUCGGCGGCGGUUCCACAUUGCAAUCCCCCUCGAAUGGACGCAGCUUUCCGACCCGCCGUCGUCAUCGACAACGGGACCGGGUAUACUAAAGUGGGUUUGGCUGGCAACGUUGAGCCAUCCUUUUCUAUUCCUACUGUUGUAGCUGUCAAUGAGUCUUUCUUGAACCAGUCAGAUGGUCGCAAUAUGGGAAAUUAUUUAGCACAGUAUAAUGCUGGAAUAAUGGCUGAUCUUGAUUAUUUCAUUGGAGAAGAGGCUCUAUCACUGCCCACAAGUGGAGUUUACAAUCUCAGUUACCCUAUACAACGCAGUAAGGUUACUAACUGGGACACCAUGGAAAAAUUCUGGCAGCAGUGCAUCUACAAUUACUUAAAUUGUGAUCCUGAGGAUCACUAUUUUCUCUUGACUGAGAGCCCAAUCACUUCCCCAGAAGAUCGCGAGUAUAUGGGAGAAAUCAUGUUUGAAACAUUCAAUGUCCCUGGACUUUAUAUAGCAGUCCAACCAAUCCUUGCACUAUCUGCUGGGUGUUCAACUGACAAACCUCAAAUGACAGGAGUCGUAGUUGACAUUGGAGAUGGAGCUACUCAUGUUGUACCUGUUGUAGAUGGCUAUAUAAUUGGAAGUAGCAUUAAAUCUUUCCCAAUUUCUGGCAAUGACGUGACUCAAAUUGUUUUACAACUUCUACAGGAAAGAGGAGAGCUUAUUCCACCAGAAGAUUCUCUUGGAAUAGCUAGGAAGGUGAAGGAAAUGUACUGUUACACAUCAUCAGAUAUUGUCAAGGAGUACAUUAAACAUGACAAGAAACCUGACAAGUAUAUCAAGAAAUGGGCUGGCGUUAAACCAAAGACCGGGGUGCCCUUUUCAUUUGAUGUUGGCUAUGAACGCUUUCUUGGACCUGAGGACUUGGGCCAAUCAACGUCGACUCCAAACUUUGAACUUUAUGGGAUUUUAAUACUUUCCAAUUGGUACAUUAUAAUGAAGGUUAUUGAUGGGGUCCCAACCAGCUGGCUUCACAAGGUUUUCUUUCAUCCCGAAAUCUACAUUAGUGACUAUGGUACUCCAUUAUCUGAAAUAAUUGACAACUGUGUUCAGUCAGCACCAAUUGACACCAGAAGGGGUUUAUAUAAGAAUGUAGUUUUAUCUGGGGGAUCAACUAUGUUUAAAGGUUUCCAAAAAAGAUUGCAGAAGGAUUUAAAGAAAAUAGUUGAUGAUCGAAUCACCACAUCCAAUGCACGCCUUGGUGUGGAUGUAAAAUCUCAGCCUGUGGAGGUUAACGUUGUAAGCCACCCUAUUCAGAGGUCUGCUGUUUGGUUUGGUGGUUCUGUAGUUGCAUCUCUACCUGAAUUCUACGAGUCUUGUAACACAAAAGAGGAUUAUGAUGAACAUGGAGCAAGUAUAUGUCGAACUAGUCCUAUCUUCAAGGGGAUGUAUUAAGUUUUUCUUGCCCAAAUUCAAAAUGGAUAAUGCAUCUACCUCCGCUGCAUUUUUGGUUGUACGUUCGAACUAAGGUUGCACUCACAAUUUGAAGGGGGAAAAACUAGUUUUUUGAGUUGUAUCUUAGAUUAGAUUUCGUGUGAAGAUUAAUAAUGUUAUCAUUGAUUCAUUUUUUAAUAGUUCACAAUUGUAUAGCAUCCAUCUAAUAAAUAGUUAUUGUUGCAUUAUAAUGCAAUCAAGCAGGAUGAAUUAAGAGGGAUGACUAAUUGUUUUGUUUCUAUAAAUUGUAAAUCAAUCAUUAUAUUUUGUUAGAUUUCUUAAAGAACUCAUCUAUAGUUUUCAA